UUUACACCACAAAACCAAAGAAGCCAAAUUCUGCUUCACGUAAAGUUGCUCGUGUUAAACUUUCCACUGGCAAAUUUGUGACAGCAUAUAUACCGGGAGAAGGUCAUAACUUGAGUGAGCAUUGUGUUGUUCUUGUGCGAGGCGGACGUGUUAAAGAUUUGCCCGGUGUUAGAUAUCAUCUUAUUAGGGGAGCUUAUGAUUUUGCUGGUGUACCAAAUAGAACUACUUCUCGCUCAAAAUACGGAACAAAAAAACCAAAAGCAACCACUAAAUAAAAUUAUUAACGGUAACUACCUAAUCUAGGUAAUUUAGGUUUUACGUUGGCGCAGUUAAAUUAUUAAAUACUGUAUAAAAGAGAUCAUCAGAGAUUCAAAAAAAAACGGAAUUUUUUUUUUUUUUUCCUAUCUUUAUCAUGUCAUCAAAUUUAAUAAAACCUUCAAUUCUCUCACAUUCCCCAAAAAGUUUUAUUUCGGUUCUGAAGUCUCACGGAAUUACUAAAUUUCACUUACAUUUUAAUCGAAAAACAAGGAGAGUUAUAGCAUCUCAUCCCAUUUUACAACCUAUUGGAGAUUAUUUUUUUCAAGAAGGAAUUGAUUUUGAUAAACAUGAAGGAAUUUUUGGCCAGAUCGGUCCUAAAUCUGGUGUAUUGCAGGGAGCAUUUGCACAUAGGACUUGUCGGGGUGCUGCGGCAGGUGGUGCUCGAAAUUGGAGUUAUAACAGUAUAGAAGAUUGGUUCCGCGACGGGAUUCGUUUAUCUAGAGCGAUGACACAUAAAAAUGCUCUUGCCGAAUUAUGGUGGGGAGGAGGGAAAGGUGUAAUAGCUAGAAACUCUGGAGUUGGAUUAGAGGAAGGAGAUACACCUUUACAACGUCGUUUAGUCUUUGAAGAAUACGGUCUUUUUAUUAGUUCGUUGAAGGGUUGUUAUGUGACAGCUGAAGAUGUAGGAACGAAAGAUGAAGAUAUGUCUGCAAUUUUUUCAAAAACACGGUUUACUACCUGUAUUCCACCAGGAUUUGGUGGCAGCGGAAAUCCAAGUUCACCAACGGCAAGAGGAGUUGUUCGUGCACUUGAAGCCGCUUUUUCACACAUAGGUAGAAAAUCGUUAGAAGGUGCUACGAUUGCUGUUCAGGGAGUUGGCCACGUCGGUUCUAAUUUUAUACAAUUUUUACUUGAAAAACGCGUCAAGCGCAUUAUUGCUUGUGACGUAGAUCCACAAAAACUUCAAGUUGCAGAAAAAAGAUUUAAAGAAUUUUAUGAUGGCAAGAUUGAGUUUCGACUGACUAAGCAAAAUGAUCAUUCGCUUUUAUUUGAAGAUGUUGACGCCGUUUCACCUUGUGGAAUUGGUAAUAUAUUAACUCCACAAACAAUCAAAAAUAUUAAAACAAACAUCGUUUGUGGCGCAGCCAAUAAUCAAUUAGGAGAUCCGGCUAAAGAUGAUAAGCUACUUGCUGAACGAGGAAUCAUUUAUGUACCAGACUUUUUGGCUAAUCGGAUGGGUAUUGUCAACUGUGCUGACGAGCAAUACGGUUAUAUUGAUGACGAUCCAUUUAUUGAAAAACAUUUAGGCGAUUCAUGGGAGAAUUCGAUAUAUAAUUGUACAAAAUUAAUUCUAGACAAAGCUAAAGCAACAAAACGAACUCCACAAGAAAUAGCAGUAGAAUUAGCAGAACAAAAAUCUUUUGUAGAACAUCCGAUCAGAGGACAUCGUGGCAUACAAAUUAUCGAAAGUUUGAUAAAAAAAUCAAACUAAUUAAUUAAAAAAUAAAUUAUCAAUAAAUUUAUAAU